UAGCGCCUGGCCGCAGCAUUCUAACUGUGUGGAAACCGAUGCUACCGUCUAUCUCGAGAAGCUAGGGAUGCAAUGGAUGAAAGAAAGGGGCGAGUGUCAGCAAGGUUAGUAACUCUUUUGAUUCCCUUCCGUUUGGAUACCGGGAAAAGACUGUAUCUAUAUUAUACGGCUCCCUAUCCGUCAAGCUAGCCAGAGUAUCAACUUUGAGUAGUGUCUCUAUACUCUGGUGCUCGGCAAUUGCCGUGAAAUGGCUCUUGUGCAUGGCAUAAAGUGAAAAAUUUUCUUUGUGCACAUUCAUGAAAAAAUUCUUACAAUAACUAAUACGCGCUUUGUUGUUUACUUUCUAGACAAAACAUAUAUUCUUGACCAACUGCCAGAAGGGUACGUCUACUGGGCUCGUCCACGCCAAAGCAGGCCUGAACUGGUACGUUUGAUUUCAUUUCUUAUCAUGUCAUCAAUCAAAUACACUUUCUUGAUUAACGUACUCUUUUACAGGUAGAUAAAUUUCUCUGGGGCCAUCCUUCCGGCAAAUAUUUUUUUUCUCCAAAUAGGUUUUGGCCUCAUUUUCUCUACUUGAUGAACGGUGGCUCGGAGCCUUGCGAGUGUGAGCAUUGCGGUUCAGUUCGAAAGGUAUCAACCUCUCGUGGAUUGCCAACUUCGACUCAAAGGAGGCCUGCACGCGCUUCUGGUGUUUCUCGCAGCGCGUUGAAUGACCGGAUAGGACUGGCACAGUCAGUGCCUAGCAGUUCAAGUAUUAACCCCCACCAACAUAACCAUGGCGGUGAUUACAGGCUCUAACACUUGUCUUAGAGCGUACUAGAAGAAAGAAAUUUUUGGCCGUAGAUGCCGAAGGGAACCAAGACGUUUUUAAGGAAUUGAUAUACCAUCUCAAGACCGACGGCAAACUAGAAAGGCCCGUCUUAGAGGACUCAAACAUGGACUGGCGAGCGGAGAGAAAGCUACUAAAAAAUCACCUCACCCGCGUUCAUAUGCAGCACUCCUUCUUUCCAAGGCUUGGUGAAUUGGUGCUCUGGUAUGCGGAACCAUCAAACGGAGAGAUCAAAUUCCAUUGGCAGACCCAGACCUACCAGGUUUAUUCAGCCAAGGAGAAGAAAUUCGCUGGAAUUCCUACAUGGUAUGGCGGUGUCGUCACUCAAGUGCCUGAGGAGCCCCUAAAUCUACAUGAUGCCAUUGUAGAGACCAACAAGGGGUACGCACUCAACCGCUCAGGCUUUCGAAUUGAGAUUUUCCCAGACCCGAAUAGCUCCAACAAGAACAUGUCAACCCACUACAAAUACGUCCCCCUGAGCCAGAUCAGACCCUUAAAUUUCUGGUCUAUUUACCUUCAGGGGGUAAGGAGCACGGAUUUUCACCCUUCUAUACCCCACGCGUUGACUAUAAUGUCCUCGUUUAGUAUGCUCGAUAAAUACUACUUCGAGGGCAUAUGGCCAAAUGCAUCCGUGCUUUGUAGGGGGGUUUAUCUUGGAGCCGAGCUACUGAUUCCUGGUGAUGGAGUUCGGCUCAUGCCACUAGACCGAGAUGGAGUAAUUGAUCUUAAGAGAAAGGUCACGGAUGUUUUAGUCAUCGAUUCAAUCGAGUUUAGAUUCAUGGAGUGCGAUGCGAAUCUUCAGUCUCCUCUCCUUAGCCAGACAACAACUGCACGGCUAAUAGGAAAAGUCUAUACCUUAGACCCUAAACUCGCCUUUGAUUCAAGCACUCCGUUGACCGAUUCUCAAAUCACUAAAUCUUUCGAAUGCACUGGUAUGAGAGAAUAUGGGCUAUGGUACCUUCGCCAUGAGCCAGAUAAGGUCACUGAGGUUUCAUUAGACCAUGUUAUUGGACGAUGUCUUGAGUCUGAAUACAUGGAUAUUAUGUUUGACAAUGUGGCCCUUGAUCUUGAUCUGGUGGGUAUAAGGGAUGCUCGUCUCUUUGGCCGUGAGGCUGAUGAACGUAUCGCUCCUGGCAAGCAAUGGUUUUGCGGUGAUAACCGCCUAGAACAACUUGGACUUGAGUCUAUCAACGGAAUCGAACACAGCAGAUGCGAUGACUCAAGAGAUCCGCGUAUGAAUAGAGCAAUCAUGAAUAUUAUCAAUGAUGAGGCUGUCGACGCGGAUCACCGAGAUUCUAAAAUUGUUCGCCAACUCGGACGUGCGCAUGAGGGGCUUAUCGGAAGUAGGACUGGGUAUACAACUUUCGAUAGUGCUGGGAAACAUAGCUCAAUGGUUGCGACGGCACUUGGCGGUGAAGCUACUCCCUACGUCAACACUGAACCGGUUGAGAAUGAUGAAGCCGAGGACGGAGACGUAGGCAGUUCAAGAGAAGUUGCGCCAUCCACGGAUAGCGGGGAUGAACUUAUUGUAGUGCCAAUGCAUAAGCGACGGCGCCAACAUUGAGCUAUGUUCUGAUGUUCCAAUUGCCGGAUGCCUCUUUUUUGGGUGACUUGGGUCUUUUGGGUCGACUGGUGGUUUCCUUUCUUCUCUCUCUGUUCUUUCUUUUCCUUACUCAUAUGAUAACCUUUCCUAGUUGCCGUUACAUUCAGUUUAUGAUACCCCUUUUCAGUUCAAGUUGCAUUCAGUUUCAUGAUACCCCUUUUCUAGUUCAAGUUGCGUUCACCUCUAUGAUACCCCUUUUCUGUUUCCCCUUGCGUCAACUCUAUGAUACCCCUUUUCUGUUUCCCCUUGCAUUUGCAUUCUGUAGCAUCAAGCGGAUGUGUGUAGAUUAGAUUUCUUUCGAACGUCAAUGGCAUAUGCCCCUAAGUAACAACCGCUACUCAAAAAUACUACUACGGUGAGAAUGAAUUAAGAAGUACCCGUGUUUGUGCGUUUUUAGGAGUUGAAAGAGAAUUGCAUUGAAAAGCUGAGAAAGAACAUACAACCCGUUCAACCCACUCGAGAUAGUCCCUGAUCGUGUGAGAGGAAUGGACGGUUAUUUGUGCAUGAUAAUUGUAAUAUCCAAGACCUAGACACUCGGCAAUUUGAUGAGAUAGCCAAGAAAGCACCACAACAAAACAAAGCCCUAAACCCGAACCUCAAAGACCUCAAAAUUUGACAAACA